CCAAGCAACUAUAAAAAGCAUGGCUUUGUGGGUAUUUCAGAGCAGACGGAGCUUCACCUCCAACUACAACAUCCAAAUAUUUCAACCAUGUUUGCCCUGUUCUUCAUGUUGUUUACCACCAUCAUCGCACCACUAAUUCCAACCCUCUCUUCACAACCACCACCACUAAUUCCAACCCUCUCUUCACAACCACCACCGCCAAUUCCAACCCUCUCUUCAGAACCACCACCACCACCCUUCCCCACAUUUCCGUCCCUUACUCCGCGUCCAAGAACUCCAGCGCCAGCACUUGAGUUUCCUCCAAUCCCACCUUUCCCCCAAUUUCCCCCUUUCACUCCAUCACCACCAAAUGACAACAAAUGUGCUACAUGUCAAGAACAAUCAGUACCAGUGUCGGUCGUGCUGGAGAUUACCUUCGCAAUAACAAUGUCAAUCGCCUUAACCGUCACAGUGACGGUUUCCAUUAGCCGGCGAAAGGGGGAAAAAGGGGACAAAGGGGACCAAGGGGACAAAGGGGACAAAGGGCCGAAAGGGGACAAAGGGGACUGUUGUUAUUGCUGCAAGGGCUACAAGGGCUGCGAGUGCCGCAUUAGCUGCCAGGAAAUGAUAACAUGUGACCAUAGGGGUUGGCCUUAGUAACUGAUGUGCAUGUGCGAAUAUUGUGGAAUCAGCUAUCACCUAAUAGCAAAGAUUGAUGUCAAAGUUUUGAAUUGAAGAUUGCAAAUGUUAUAUUCGGUCGUGGAUUUGAUGUGAGCUUUGAACAUUGGUUCUAAUGUGAUCUACUUGUGUAGUUUGGAAUAGUUGUUUUAAUUUGGGAUUGUAAUAUUUUGGCGUAUAAAUAAGGUUAGUGGUAUUUGUAGAAGUUUGGAGGUUAGUAUUUGCAAAUGAUUUGUGUUUCAGGGAUUAAUUUUGUUUUAGUGUUUGGAUAUCAUUGUAAAUUGUGUUUGUUUUGAUAAUAAAAUUUCUCCUUUAUCCAAACAAA